AUCUCAUUUGUUAGUUUAUCAAGGUAGUAUCGAAAUGGAGGAUGGCGGUUGGAAAAGAGAGGACAUCACAAGCGAUAUGGUAAACGAACUGCAUAAAAAAAUAUGGGAUGUGCCCCGAGCACUCAAGGAAGCAUAACUAUGUUCCUUAGCAACCUUGCAGAAGUUUACUUAAACACACGCAUUUAUAACGAAACAGGUCGACGCACUCAUCCAGAAAAGGUUUUUUAUAUACAAACUGUCAAGGAAAAUCAAUCAAAAGCAUAAAUAUUAAUAAAUAAAAAGGAUAACGGAAUGGGUUCUAGAGAAACUGGUAUUGAGGCAUACCAAAAAGUGGAGCGUGACAUCGCCAGAGAAGAACAAGCUGCACCGGCUCCAUCUUUAGGUCACGAGAUGGCAAAACUAGAUCGUUUUAUUGCAGAUAUAGAAAAUCUUAUGAGUCAGCUCAGUCAAGAACGUAUAGCGGAUGUUGAAAUAACAUCCAACGACCGAUUUUCCCAAAGAUAUCUGAAUUCGAGAAUUGUAGAUGAAAGCGACAAUGCAAUUAGGACUGUCAUGGCAGAACUACGAAUAAAUUUGAAUCAAAUACUUGCAAUAGAACAUGAAGAAUUCAUUGCAAAUCUUAAUCGAAAAUCUAUAAAACUUCAUCAUUUAAAUUGGUUAAGUCAAAUGAGAGCCAGAAGUGAAGAAGAAAUAUCAAAACUUAGUGUAAGAGUACAACAUUUACAGAAACUUUAUGAAAGCCAAGAACUAAUAAUAAAAAAUUUAGUCGGGAAUAAGUCAUCGAAUACUGGGCAAUUAGAACGAGAAUUGGACAGGGUUCGUAGUUAUCGAGAUACGUUAGUUAGUGGAGAAUUGUCAUGGAAAGAUGCUACGUUAUUCGCACAAGACUCUGCAGAUUAUAGUCGUACAGCAUAUAAAAGUUGGCAUUCAUUGCGAACUGAAGAAGACGAAUCUAUAAGAUUUCGCCAAGCACUAAAAACUAGAGACUCAAUGCACCAAGCAGCUCUAUGUGUUAGGAUGGCACAGACUAUGUUACCUGGUGUUCAAUUCCCGUAUUGUACUUCGAGAGAAGUAUUCGCUAUUCUACAAGUGAUCGAAUACUUGUUUACUGAUUUGCAAGUUUCAGAAAGAUUUGGUCAUGCUCUAGAAGUUUAUAAAAGUUUUAACAAAAGAGCGACAGCUUUAACUCAGUGGCUAAAACAGACAACAGAUGAAACGAUACAUAAAGAUGUCGAAGAAGUGGAUGAACGUAUCAAUGAUUUGGCAAAUACACUGAGUCAAGAGAGAACAAUGAACAGGACAGAGUUUCGCGAGACCAAUUCAGAACGGUACAACAUACUAGGAUCUCAUCAACGUAUUGUUACUAAAUGGCUUGGCGAUACCAUAGGACCUAAAAAAGAAUAUAUUGAGCUGCAUUCAAGAUUUCGUUUGUAACUAAAUACGGUCAAAACUGUUUCAAAAUUAUAAAUAAUAUGUCUACCUUGUAUUUUUGUGUUAUUUAUGUAAAAUUCACUUUAUA